AUGGCCUACCAGCCACCAACUUCACCCCCAACACAACACUUUGAUGCAUUCUCACCUGUAUCUCCUCACGCCAGUAUGAGCUCGGACGGCCGAAGAAGUACCCAUACUACGCCCAAGCGUCGACGCCUCGCUCCCACCGAGCAGUUCAACUUCGACAAUGCCACUCCUUUCGCGGUCCCCGAUGACGGCUUCGACGCAUGGUCACCAAUAGAAGAAUAUCGCGAGUACCGACACCGCCAGCCCCACCAACCCCCUCCCUUACCUGAACUGUACUGGGACAUGCUCGAGUCGCCUUGGGCCGACUUUCCCGAGCACCUUCCGCCUUUCGUCCCUGCUCAGCCACCUCUCGAUCAGCAACCUCGAGGAACGACCGAUCGCAUAGCUUUUCCUCCUCGGCCGAGCAUUGCUCAACUCUCCCAGUCUAUUCAGCCGUACUACCAUCGUGCUUACUAUCAUCGAUCUGCCCCCAGCCGUCCGAACGCCGAACCACAUUUCUCCAUGGCUGGCACAAGUAAUCUCACUGCUCUUCAACUGCCGGUCAUACCUUCCUCGCAACCUCUUCGCAAAGGAGCAAUUAUUCUCACCCUGAGCAGAGCCACCCAAGAAAGCAUUGAACAACUGGCUGAACACAAGCGCGAAUGCCCUGCCUGCCAGUUGGACUUCGAGCCGGAUAACUUCCUUGCAGUUAUUGGCUGCUGUGAUACAGCUAUGCACGCUGUAUGCUUCUCUGCGUGGAUCAACAGCAACAAUGGUCCCGGUGGCUCACGUACCAAGACCUGCAUGAAGUGCCGGAAGAACAUCGAAGCCCUGGAUAAGAUGAACACUAUGCUUCCCCCAGUCGAUGGCAAAUCUUGGGACGAAGGUCAAGAUUUCAAUGCUCCGCAACAUCUCGGUGCGGACACUCCUUACAAAAUUGACAUCAGUCCUCUGCCACACCCGGUUGCUCGUCGCCAUCGCCGCCGUGAGAUCCAUGCCCAUCGCGCCCGACCUUUGAUGGUCCCUGAGAGCGACAUUCCAGAGGAGUCCAGGGAGGAGUUCCGAGGUCUCCAACGUCAGCAGAUGAGAGAACGUGAUCAGCUCUCUGCCCGCGUCAAGUCUACUCAGAGCUCUUGGUCGAUGGCCUUCGACAUUGAAGCUCGUGCCGCCGCCACCGCCACUAACGCCAAGGAAGCGCUCGAUGCUGGCGGACGCAUCACUCAGCGUGAGGUCGAAGGUUUGGUUAGACGUCACCGAGAGGCCAAAGAUGUCCAGGAGGAGUCUCACGAGAUCUGGCGAGAGGCCGAGGAAGAGCUCAAACAACUUGAUUCACGUCAUCGUCAAGCGCAGAUCGAGCUUCUGCAGCGCGCACGAGCACAACGUCAGCAAGUCCAGGCAAGUAUGGAGUCUGGAGAACGAUCAACUUUGACAUCAGCGGCAGCGACUGAGGGUCAGGACGUGCAGUGA